GGUGAGAAAAACUCUCCUAACUCUAAUUCAGCGGAGUGAGUGAUCAAUACAGCCGCUCCGCGCGAUCAUCGAUCAGCAGCGCAGCGAUCAGAACCCAGACAGGUCGAUCGGUCAGCAUUGCUGUGCGUGUGUUGACCGCGCUGGGUAACGGUCUGCUCCGGAACAGCGUUCGCCGUCCUUCACUGUUCCUUAGCUGCAGAGCUGCCAGACGCUACAGACUGUCCACCAUGCCUCAGACCAACAAGUCCAAAAGUGCUGUGGUCAGCAGCUCCGCUCAGGCAGUCGGGCUGGAGCGAGGGGAGCCGCGGCCAGACCCCCCAGAACAACACAUACUUCCAGAGGAGAGCGGUCAGGAAGGUAACCAGGGCGAUGCUGACAUCAUAAAGUCACCCAGUGACCCCAAGCAGUACAGGUAUAUUGAGCUCAGUAAUGGUCUGAAGGCUCUCCUGAUCUCAGAUCUCAGUGGUUCUGAUGGAAAACCUGAGGAUGAAGAAGAAGAAGAUGAUGAUGAUGAUGAUGAAGACGGGGAGGAGGAGGAAGGAGAGGAAGAGGAGGAUGACUCUGGGGAGGGGACGGAGGAGGAGGAGGAUGAGCUAGAGGAAGAACAAGAUAGUGAUUUUGAGGAGCUGAAUGAGGAGGAGGAGGUGAAGAAGAAGAAAGGAUCAGAGAAACAGUCUGCAGCUGCGCUGUGUAUUGCUGUGGGCAGUUUCAGUGACCCUGAUGACCUGCCCGGCCUCGCACACUUCCUGGAGCACAUGGUGUUUAUGGGCAGUGUAAAGUACCCGAGUGAGAACGGUUUUGAUGCGUUCCUGAAGAAGCACGGGGGCAGUGAUAAUGCAUCCACCGACUGCGAGAGAACCAUCUUCCAGUUCGACGUGCAGAGAAAACACUUCAAAGAGGCGCUCGACAGGUGGGCGCAGUUCUUCAUCUGUCCUCUGAUGAUUAAAGACGCUAUUGAGCGCGAGGUGGAGGCAGUGGACAGCGAGUAUCAGCUUGCUAAGCCGUCGGACUCUCACCGUAAGGAGAUGCUGUUUGGAAGCCUGGCGAAGCCCAACCACCCCAUGAGCAAAUUCUGCUGGGGAAAUGCACAGACUCUGAAAACAGAGCCAAAGAACAAGAAGAUAAACGUCUAUGAACGCCUGAGAGAGUUCUGGAAGAGGCAUUACUCUGCUCACUAUAUGACCCUCGCUGUGCAGUCUAAAGAAAAGCUGGACACGCUGGAGCAGUGGGUCAGGGAAAUCUUCAGUGAAGUGCCAAACAAUGGUCUUCCAAAACCAGAUUUUUCUGACCUUCUGGACCCCUUCGACACGCCGGUCUUCAAUAAACUCUACAGAGUGGUUCCAGUGCGGAAAGUGCAUGCCCUGACAAUCACCUGGGCACUGCCUCCUCAGGAAAAGCACUACAGAGUGAAGCCGCUGCACUACAUCGCUUGGCUGAUUGGUCAUGAAGGAGCCGGUAGCAUCCUGUCCCUGCUCAGGAAGAAGUGCUGGGCAGUGGCUCUGUUCGGAGGAAACAGUGAGACGGGUUUUGAUCAGAACUCCACCUACUCCAUCUUCAGCAUCUCCAUCACUCUGACUGACGAGGGCUUCCACAACUUCUACCAGGUAGCUCACCUGGUGUUUCAGUACCUGAGGAUGCUGCAGACGCUUGGCCCUCAGCAGAGAAUCUAUGAGGAAAUCCAGAAGAUCGAGGAGAAUGAGUUCCACUAUCAGGAGCAGACGGAUCCAAUCGAGUACGUGGAGGACGUGUGUGAGAACAUGCAGCUUUUCCCUAAAGAGGACUUCCUGACUGGAGAUCAGCUCAUGUUCGAGUUUAAACCUGAGGUGAUCUCUGCGGCCCUGAACUUGUUAAUUCCUGAUAAAGCGAAUCUGCUGCUGCUCUCUCCGGAGCACGAGGGAAAGUGUCCGUUAAAGGAGAAGUGGUUCGGAACCCAGUACAGCGUUGAGGAUGUUGAACCGGAGUGGCAGCAACGCUGGACGGGAGCUCUCGAUCCACACCUUCAGCUGCGCCUCCCAGAGGAGAACCAGUUCAUUGCUACGGAUUUCAGCCUGAAAACCGCAGACUGUCCCGACACUGAUUAUCCAGUCAGAAUCUCCAGCAGUGACCGAGGCUGCCUGUGGUACAAAAAGGACAACAAGUUCAAAAUUCCCAAAGCAUACGUUCGGUUCCACCUCAUCUCUCCCGAGAUCCAGAAAUCUUCUAAAAAUCUGGUUCUUUUUGACCUGUUUGUGAAUAUUCUGGUCCAUAACGUUGCUGAACCGGCGUAUGAGGCUGAUGUUGCUCAGUUGGAGUAUAAGCUGGUGGCAGGAGAAUACGGCCUGGUCAUUAAGGUCAAAGGAUUCAACCAUAAACUGCCUCUGCUGUUUAACCUGAUCGUGGAUCAUCUGGCCGAUUUCUCCACUGCUCCAGAUGUGUUUGCCAUGUUCGCCGAGCAGCUGAAAAAGACUUACUUCAACAUCCUGAUCAAACCGGAGAAACUGGGCAAGGACGUCCGGCUGCUGGUCCUGGAACAUGCGCGCUGGUCCAUGAUCCAGAAGUACCAGGCUGUGGUGGACGGGCUGAGCGUGGACGAGCUGAUGGAGUUUGUAAACAGUUUUAAGCGGGAACUGUUCGCUGAGGGUCUCGUUCAGGGAAACUUCACCAGCAUGGAGUCUGUGCAGUUUCUGCAGUACGUCACAGAUAAGCUGCAGUUCCAGAAGCUGUCAGUAGAGGUCCCUGUUCUGUUCAGAGUGGUGGAGCUGCCGCAAAAACAUCAUCUGUGUAAAGUUAAAUCCCUCAAUAAAGGAGACGCCAAUUCAGAAGUUACAGUUUAUUACCAGUCUGGACCGAAGAACCUGCGUGAACACACACUGAUGGAGCUGCUGGUGAUGCACAUGGAGGAGCCCUGCUUUGACUUCCUGAGGACCAAAGAGACGUUGGGGUAUCAUGUGUAUCCCACCUGCAGAAACACCUCAGGGGUCCUAGGGUUCUCCGUCACCGUGGAGACGCAGGCCACUAAGUUCAAUACGGAGCUGGUGGAGCUGAAGAUUGAGGAGUUCCUGCAGAGCUUUGGGGAGAAAAUGUCCAGCCUGAGUGACGAAGCGUUCAGGAGCCAGGUGACCGCUCUGGUGAAGCUGAAGGGCUGUGAGGACACUCACCUCGGAGAGGAGGUCGACCGCAACUGGACCGAGGUUCUCACACAGCAGUACAUCUUCAACAGGCUGAGCCGAGAGAUUGAUGCUCUGAAGCUGAUGACCAAAGCUGAGCUGGUGAGCUGGUUUAUGGUGCACAGAGGAGAAACCAGCAGAAAACUCAGUGUACAUGUGGUGGGUUUUGGUCCAGAAGAGAAUGACCCCCCUGCGGCUGAAGGAGAGGACGGGGGGGGCAGCAGUGCCUCUCUGUAUGGUGAAGUGUCCAGACUCACUUUCCUGUCUCCAUCACAAACACUGACCACAGCUACGGCCAUCAUGGACAUCCGCGCCUUCACCUCUGCCCUCAACCUCUACCCGUACCACAAAAUCCUGAAAUAAUCACAGCUGCAGUGCUCAUAGACUGACAACCGGGGGCGCUAUAAUGCAGCAUUUCACACAAUCGCAGCCGCAGUGCUCACAGACUGCCAGCAGGAGGUGCUGUAAUGAGGCUUUCAACAAAAACUCACAAAUAAUCAGUGUAGUGCUCUCAGACUGCCAGCUGAGGGCGCUCUAAGAUCACGUAAACGCAGUGUCUCUUUAAUGUAGUUGAUUGACAGAAAAGUAAACGCGAAACAAAAAUUGUAUGAAAUUUGAAGGACUAAGACGAUGUAAACGUCUCGAAACUGACAGAUACAGUAAUAAGUAAACUGUUUCCCGUUCAGAAUAACGUGUGGGGAGUGAUGUUCUCCACGUUGGCGUCCUGGGCAUUGAUCGGUCACUGUGGGUGACGUCCGGCGAUGUUUCGUUUUGGCAUUUUAAAAACAGUGUUGCUCCACAGACAGUAACGAAAGGAAGCGAGCGAGUCUGAAAAGGUGUCGGCUGAUCUUCCUCCCUUUCAGUGAAGCUCACGGGCGAGAUGGAGGAGAACGGGAGCUCCUCUCUGGUUUGAUGUGUUUCUCUUGUUUUGCUUGAACCUUUUAGCGAAUAGGCAAACUCAGAUUUGCGAAUGUUCUACUAGUGAACUUUAAAGCGAUGCUUCAGUGAAAAUUGUAUCUUCUGUCUGUUCCUCGUCCAAACGAGUCUUCAGUGCCCACACUUCAGAUGAUGAUGGGUUAGAUGACGUAUGUGUGUGUGUGUGUUGUGCUGUGUGUGUGAAUGUGUGUGUGUGUGUUGUGCUGUGUGUUUGUGUGUGUGUGUGUGUUGUUCUGUGUGUGUGAAUGUGUGUGUGUGUGUGUGUGUGUGAA